UAAUUGAGGAUGAGCAAGAUACGUUGGAGAAGUAAAUAUAUUAUCUCGAAGAUAAAGAAAUCUACUAUCAUUCUUUUUCUCUUGUUCUCUUAAUUCCAAUGCAUACUCGAACGAGAAAUCGUAAUCAAUUAUUUCACGUAUUACAUCAGUAAAUAAACGAAUCUACGACGACGUUACGCGAUUUAAUAAAUUAUCGAGCAGACGAGAAAGAAUCGAUUUAGCGGAAACAUAUUUGAAAACCUUGAAGAAUGUAAGUAACAUUGCAAUUAUCGAUUCUACGUAGUUCUUUUUACGAGGAUACAAAUAAAAGAAACAUUCGAAGGGUUCCAAAUCGAGCGUAAUCGGAGUAGAGCAUAAUCGGAGGAUCAUAAUCUCCGCUCGAACGAGAACGAAAUGGAAAAUCCUCGACUCCAUGUCGACUGCGAUCUUUGAACGAUAUACAAUUUCUCGUUAUAUUAUCGAAGAAAAAAAACAGAGAGAGAUCGCUGUAGAGUCGAAGUUUGAGUCGUCUCGAGGUUGAAUUCGCGAUUUGCGACGGCAGUAGCAGCAGCACCAGCACCAGCAGCACCAGCAGCAGCACCAGCAGCAACAACAACACCACCACCAGGAACGGAGCAACGGGAGAGGAGCAACAGGAGCGCGAGCACGGCACCACCUCCACUCUCCGUUCGCUACCACCUCUUCUUACCUUUUCGUUCGCAGGCAACGCGGUGCACCUCGCCAUGUGACUGAUUCCCCUUCUCCGCAGGUUGACGAGCGGUGGGCCUGCCUACCUGCCGCCCGUUGCCCCGCUCCCAUUACGACGCGGACUCUCGCGGCAGGUGCACCAACCUAAGUGCCACUCCGCUUACCUGCGUCCUGUGCCUACCGAGGCAGAGUAGUGUGUCCGGUGCUCUCAGCUUCUCUUCCCUCUUUCUUCUCCCCUCCUUCCUUUCCCUCUCUCUCUCUCUCUCUUUCUUUCUUUCUGUAUCUCUCUUUCUCUCUUUCUCUUUCAGUCCAUCCCUACCUGUCUUCGUUCGUUGAGCUGUCCUCAAGCCCUCCUUCCUUUCCUCCUCCUCUCUCUCUCCCUCCUUGUCUCUCUCUCUCUCUCUCUCUCUCUCUCUCUUUCCCUCCCUCACUCUUUCUCUCGACAUCUUCUGUUUCUCUUUUUCUCUUUCUCUCUAUAUUUCCUCGCCUCCUACCGUCCAUCCCCUUCGCCGUCUUACGCAGCAGCAGCAGUGCCGUGUGGUAGUGUCGUGUCAACCCGCGGUACAUCAACGAUCGCCCGGGAUACGAGGAAAGGAUCAUCGAUCCUCGACGGAGGACGGUCACGCGAGAUAUCGCCGGGUCAGCACCUUUCGAGAGAGAAGAGUGUCGUGUUAUAUAUAUACACAUACAUAUAUAUAUAUAAUAUAUAUAUCUCUUUCUCAUUUCUUUCUUUCUAUCUCCUUUCUUCCUUUUUUCUCUUUCUCUCUCUCUCUCUCUCUUCCUCUUUCUUUUUUUCUUUCUCUCUUUUGUACGCGUGUCUCGGUCAGUUUCGAGAAAAGUCGGACUCUGACUUUUCGAAAGGAACAGUCAGGAUUCACGCAAAGACACAUGCGGGAUUCGAGAUCGGUUCGUGUCAUUACCGGAGAAUGGACCGUGGAUCUAAUUAAGAGGAUGCGUGAUCCUCUCGAAAGGUAGUAGAUCGCGAGAACAAAAAGUGGAGGAAGAACAAACGGAGAAGAGAGAAGAGAGACGAGGACAGUUAAAGAAGACGAUUAACGAGAACAGUGAAGUUGUCAAACGUCAUCGACGGUGGACUUUUAUUUCUCUCUCUCUCUCUCUCUCUCUCUCUCUCUCUCUCUCUCUGUUUCUCUCUCUUCUCUUUCUUUCUAUCGCUCGGUGUCUAUCAUUGACAUUUCCGUGACAUUUUAACAGUGUGCGCGUGUUUAGAGACGAGCGAGCGUAACCCGCGGUCGCGCUUGCGCGAGAAAUCGUUCGCUCGUUUGUCGCAUCGUAUCUGUUGAAAAGAAAUAAUCGUAGGAGUGAGAGAGAGAGGAGAUUAAAAAAAGAAAGGAGUUGAAGGGAGGAUUAAUCUACUAAGAAUUUAGUUAAAGUAUAUACGAAGAGUGGGAAAAGAGAGAAGCGGGAGGGAGGGAGGAGAGGAGAGAACAAGAGAAGAAGAACAAAAAGAACAAAAAAGAAAAAGAAGAAAAAGAAGAAGAAGAAGAAGAAGAAGAAGAAAGACAAAGCCGUGGAGUUGGUGGGAUAUUAUUCGAUGACGCGAAUUCCGUGCCUUAUCGGCUUCACGGCUGACGCCGACGGCUUAUCGCCGGCGUUAUCUGGCUCACCGCUGCUCUCUCGGAACCCUUGCGUGUCCUCGAGCAGAGAACUUUAAGCGUUUUCGUUGACGGCUGGGUUACGGCUUUACGGGAUCGUCCGAACAAAGUUUCUCUCUCCUUCUCGCUCUCUCUCUCCGUGUUCGUUCCUUUGCGAUAAUAAAUGAUUCGCUUUCAUCCUCAGUUUUGAUGUACUUACUCGCGAGUGUGUCCGUUUAAAACUCUUCGUACGUUUCUUGAGCGAUAGGGAGAGGUUUUUGAAAAAAGAAAGAAGAGAAGAAGGGAAGAAAAAGAACAGAAAGAAAAAAGAAAGGGAAGAAUAGAAAAAGGGUGGACGGCGAUGCAAUUUGAACUACACGCUCGAACGAUCGGAUUCUGACGUUCAACAGGUGUUCGCCUGUGAGGUGACUCGCGAGCGUGCGACAACAAACGUGUAACCAUCGUCGCGUAGCCUCGCGUUUUUCGCUGGAAGGCAUAACGAAAGGGAAGAGGAAGGGCCGAGAAGGCUCGAGUAUCGCCGUGAACAUUCUCGAGGUCGAGUCUCGUCGAACGGAUUGGAGAUGUCCGCGGGUUAUUGAGAGAAUGAGGGAGCUGGACACCGAGAGUCCUGUCGUCUGGCCGGCCUGGUGUUACACUGGUGAAGCGUCUGGUGAGAACGCGUCCACGGGUACUGGAUCUCGUGGUGGCGAUCGUGGAGAAGCAGCGGAUUUAGGAACGCACACGGAAGAGAACGAGGAGACCACCCUGGCCGCGAACACAGCGGUCGACGGCAGGGGCGGAAGCCCCCAGGACGCCCACCUCUCGGGUUCGGCUACUAGCAGGCCUCCAAGAGGCAGAAGACGUCAAAAUCAGAAUGGUCUCGAUACCGCUCAAGUUAAAACGGAACGACUCACACCCGACAAUAACUCGACCUCGUCGAGAAGCGUAACGCCAUCGUCGUCGAGUCAUCCAGGCACGCCACCAAAUGCGACAUCCCUCGGUGGACCCGAAGGGCCACCACCACCGCCGCAUCAUCUCAAGCACAUGGAACAGAUGAUGGGACGAAACUGCAGCGAUUUUAUGAGAAGCCUCGCCGCGAAGUACAACAACGCCAAUCCCAACGAUUACUUCAGUACCCUAAGAAACGGCUAUCCUCCUGGUUUGGAUCCCAGGUUUCCUGCGUUUAAGACCGCAGCCACACCGUUCGUAGGUCUAAUGGCCCCUCUUGGCGCGCCACAACCAACCACCGUUCAAACCACCUCGCCUCUAUCCAACAAGGAUCCCAAGGAGCAGAAACAGGACAGCAUAUUCGGAAACCCGGUAUUUCCUCCUAUGCUCGAUAUGUCGUCGACGCAAGCGCUUUUGCACAUGGUGCGAACGGCUAAUGCGGCACAAAACGCUGCCGAACUCGAGACUUAUCUCAAGGGUGCGAACAAACGUGACGCGGGAGUGACGAGUCCUUUGGAUCUCUCGACUCCAGGAGGAUUUGCACCUCGUAAAAGGCAGAGGACGGAAACGAGGAGAUCAGGGAGCGUAUCUCCGAAACCCAAAGCUACCCCACCUGGUCCGAGCACACCGCCACCCGUCAGAUGUCCUUCCUUGUGCGGCCACAUGCCGUGCGGCGAUGGACAAGCGGUUAAUCGUUGGACCAUCGAGGACGUCGUCAAUUAUGUCUCCUCGAUCGACAUUUGCGCGGAAUACGCUCAGAAUUUCCGAGAGCACCGUAUCGACGGGGCCGCGUUACCGCUACUAUCGGAGGAACAUUUGACGGGACCAAUGGGUAUGAAACUGGGACCAGCCUUGAAGCUUCGAGCAAUGCUCGCGCGGAAGCUUGGGGCGUGUACUGUCUGUCUUCACUGUGCGCAUUGCCACAAGACGCAGCUACCUAUGCUAAGUACGGCAGCUGCAGCUGCUGUCGUCGUUCAGCAGCAACAGCAACACCAACAACAACAACAACAACAGCAACAACAACAACAGCAGCAGCAACAACAGCAACAGCAACAACAGCCACAGCAACAACAACAACAACAAUUGCAACAGGCACAGGGUAGACGUCCGAGUAGUACGGGUAACUGACAAAUACUGGCGGGGGCUCCCUCUUUCGGCCUUGAAGGAGCGCCUGCCAUUACGAUCGACUCUCCAGAUCCAAACAGAGCCCUGAGGAUAGAAAGGCGUAUUCCACGGCCGAUACGUAAACCAGAGGUUGUCUUCAAAAAACCGAUUAAACAGUGACACUAGGAGAGAUACUGUGUGUUUUCGGUUAAACGGAACGGGGAGGGGGGAGGAAAAUAACGAAAAAAGAAAAAAAGAAAAGAAAACACUUUUUACGAGACACCAAACUUUGUUUUGAACGAUGACGAGAUUACGAUGGUGUCACCAUGAGUGCCGUGAGUUACGUGUUCGUUCGAUAAGUGGACCUGCAUUCUCAUUCGCUUAACACUUGACAAAGCUUCUGAGUAUCGUCCAUGAAUUAUCAAAGAUACAUUUCGAUUCUUUUAAACGGGUUUAUGGUUUGAAUUUUCUACGUGACGAUUGAAGAAUUGAUAUUGAAAGGUAUCGAUUUACAAUACGAAUUAGAUACGAGAGAACAGAGACUUUAGUCGAUGUUGGUAACCUGUACCUAGUAUAAGAGUACCUAGAAUACUGCUCAGAGAUAUUUUCGGGCAUACGCAUGGAAUGACGUUAAUUUUUCUAUAUAUAUAUACAUAUAUAUAUAUGUACAUGUAUAUAUAUAUGUGUAUAUAUAUAUAUAUAUAUUUUUAUGUCGGAUAAAAGAGCGAAAGAGCCUCGGUAUAAAAUUUUCUUUAACGCCUAAGGUAAGCUCGUAAGUUAUAUAUCUACAUAAUUGUGUUGUGUGAGAAAAUCGAUAAUAUAAGAAAACGCGUGCCUACGCUCGAAAUGUCUUCCAGAAAGUGUCGUUAACGAUCGCAAUCAUGUUUGUUAUCGCGUUAUACAUACAUUUAAUAAUCCAAUAUGGGUCGCGAGAACUUAAUAAAAUAUAUGCAAUACGCGAGUAAUGUGUGUGAACGUGAUCGAAGAAUGUACGUGCGUGAAAAGGAAAAAAAGAAAACAGAAAAAAAAAGAAAGAAAGAAAGAAAAAAAGAAACCCGAUAUGUAACUAUUAUUCGAGAGAAUCAUGUGCAAUAAACAAUACGCGGGUUUCGCCGAGGAUGUACUUUUUAAACGAAUAAUAUUAGAUUAGAAAUUAAUAUGAAAUAACUAAUUCGCACCAAUCGUUGUUCCGUUUAUAUAUUUUAACGACGUUUUUUACAUCGACGAUUGUAACGAUUAAUAUACUAAAUUAUAUUUUUGCUAACGCUCUAUUGCAAAAAGAAAAGAAAUAGAGAGGGAUAGAGAGAGAUAGAGAGAGAGAGAUAAAGAAUUUGCAUAUAAAGUACGAGCGGCGGAACCGUUUAGAGAAUUGUACAUUUUCUUUUUCUUUUUCAACGUUCGUUACGAGCGUUUAUUUAUUUAGAAACUAAUCGUUGCCUUAUCGUAUUCACUGUAAUAAUAAUUAAGAAUCGAACGACUGUAUGUAGUAGAGAUACAUCGACGACGAGUAAGAACGGCGAACCUGCAUCGUCGAAAUAAAAAGAAAAAAAAAUUAUAGAAAUUAUCAUCGGUUCGUACGACGAGCAGUAUUUUUAGAUUUACAUUAGCCUAAAUUUACUGCAAGUUAUACAUAUAAUAAAUAUAUGUAUAUGUGCACGAGUACUUACGAGCAUUUCGAGAUUCGCCUUUAUGAUGAAACCGAAAAAAUAAUUAAUUAAUUUCCCUUUGAUUAUAUUAUUGUCACUAGCGAUGCGUUAAUUUGUUUCUUAUUUAAUAAAACUUGAUCAUUUUGUAAUUAUCGUGUAUGACACAAACAAGCUUCUAUAUCGUUGCCAAUUAUAAAAAGUUUCGUUUGUCCAGUUGUUUGUGUCGUAUGGGAUACUGAUAAUGAUUUUUCUUCUCUCUCUUUUUUUUUCUUCCUCUUAAAAUUUAAAAUGAAAAUUGAAGAAAAAUCUCUACGUUAGAAUUAGAUUUUAGGAGAAUGCGAAUCUCGAUGAUGUGAGAGAGUACUCGAAUCAGCGGCUUUUACUUAAAAAGAGAAAGAAAGAAUCAUUGUACAUAAUU